GCCAACUUCCUCAACAUGCUCUUGCAGGCCAACGACAUCCGCGAGGCCAGCCUGGCCGAGGACGCCGAGUGGUACCACGCGCUGGUGCGCAGCCUCGUGGCCGGCGACCCCCGGGUCUACCGCGCCGUGCUGGCCUUCGACGCCCACCCGCUGGCCUCCAAGCCCCGGCUGAUGCUGCAGGCCACGCAGGAGAGCGCCGAGAUCCUGCUGCAGGACCUCUCGGCCGCCGCCGGCCGCGGCAACCUCAGCGGCGACCGCCGGUGGUUCGACGCCCCCGAGCCCCCGCGGGGCUUCUCCCUGCGGAAGCGGCUGCUCCGCAAUGACCUCCGCAGCCUGGAGACCCCCAAGUGGAGCCGGGGUGACGGCUACGUGGGCGACGCGGGCCACGUGCGGUGGUCGCCGCCGUUCCUCGAGUGCCGCGACGGCAAGUUCCUGCCCUCCUGGAUGGUCACGCUCUCCUCCUCCUUCUACGGGCUCAAGCCAGACCUCAGCCCCGAGUUCAAGGGCGUCGUGCGGCUGGACGUCAAGCUGCAGGACGUGCAGCUCGACCCCUGCGCCAGCGGGCCCGGCUGGUUCGCCGACACGCACCGCUGCGACCUCAACAGCACGCAGUGUGUCCCCCAGGAGAGCCGCGGCUUCGUGCUCGGGAGCUACCUGUGCCGGUGCAAGCCGGGCUUUUACGGGGCCGGCGGUGCGGCCGGCGGCGCCGGGGCAGGUGGCUCGGCGCCGGCGCCCGGCGGCCGGCUGGCGUGCCGGCCCUGCCGGCCGGGCUGCGCCGCGUGCGUGGACGACGCGCCCUGCUUGAUCGAGGAGGCCGGGGCGCUGCGGGCGGCCGUCCUCUCCUGCCAGGCCGCCUGCAUGCUGGCCGUCUUCCUCAGCAUGCUCGUCUCCUACCACUUCCGAAAGAGCAAGCGGAUCCGGGCGUCGGGGGUCAUCCUGCUGGAGACCAUCCUCUUCGGAUCCCUCCUCCUCUACUUCCCCGUGUUCAUCCUGUACUUCAAGCCGAGCAUUUUCCGCUGCAUCGUCCUGCGCUGGGUGCGUGGGCUGGGCUUCGCCAUCGUCUACGGCACCAUCGCCCUCAAGCUGUACAGGGUGCUGAAGGUGUUCCUGUCCCGCACGGCCCAGCGGGUGCCCUACAUGAGCAGCGGGCGGGUGCUGAAGAUGCUGGGGCUGAUCCUGCUCCUGGUGCUGUGGUUCCUGGCGGCCUGGACCGUGGGGAUGCUGGAGAACGUGGACAGGAACAUCCCGCUGGUGAUCCGUUCCCAGACCGCCCGCGGCCUCCAGUUCCACCUCUGCGGCCACGACCGCUGGGACUACAUGAUGGUGAUCGCCGAGAUGCUCUUCCUGCUGUGGGGCAGCUUCCUGUGCUUCGCCACGCGCUCCGUGCCCUCGGCCUUCCACGAGCCCCGCUACCUGGGCAUCGCGCUGCACAACGAGCUCCUCGUCUCCGCCGCCUUCCACGUGGCCAGGUUCGUCCUGGUCCCCUCGCUGCACCCCGACUGGACCCUGCUGCUCUUCUUCGCGCACACCCACGCCACCGUCACCAUGACGCUGGUGCUGCUCUUCGUGCCCAAGCUGCUGCGCGCCGGCUCGCCGCUGCGCGAGGAGAUCGCGGCCGAGGUCUACGAGGACGAGCUGGACGCGAGGCGCUCGGGCUCCUACCUGAACAGCAGCAUCGCCUCCGCCUGGAGCGAGCGCAGUCUCGACCCCGAUGACAUUCGGGAGGAGCUGAAGAAGCUCUACGCGCAGCUGGAGGCGCACAGGACGCGGCGGAUGGCGGCCAGCAACCCGCACCUGGCCAAGAAGCGCGGCUCCCGGCGCAGCCUGGGCCGCUGCGCCCUGCGCCGCCCCGCCGGGCCGCCCGAGGCCGAGCGGGACGGCGCCGAGCCGGCCGGCCGCGGCGGCCGCGGUGGUGGCAGCCUGCGGCUGCGGGAGGGCAGCCGGCGGCGCCGCGCCGCGUCCUUGCGCAAGUCGCGCAGUGCCGAGGACCACGCGCGGCCGCCCGCCUCCCCUGCGAGGAAGACGGCGGCGGCGGCGGCGAAGGCUUCGGAGCCGUCCGACAGCGAGUCGCUGGAGGCCGCCCCGCUCGUCUGCAAGUCGGCCAGCGCCCAGGAGCUGGCGGCGGCCGGGCGGCCGCGGCGGGCGCCGGUGCGCAAGGCGCUGAGCCUGGCGGCCGGCGCCGGGCACGAGGCUGAGCUCCCGGCCAGGCCGGCGGCGCGCGAGAAGCCGGCGAGGCAGGAGCGGCCGGGCGCCCCGCGGGACCCCGGACCCCCCGGCAGCGGGGGCGGCGGGGGCUCCCCGCGCCGGGGCCGGGCGCGGAGGCAUGUCACCUACGCGCCCGUCAAGAGCGCCAGCGCGGACGGGGCGCUGCGGCCGGGGCGGGUGCGCGUGGCGGUGCGCAGGACCCCGCCGGUGCCCCCCGCGCGGCUCCAGAGCCUGGCGCCCCCCGCGCCCCCCCCGGCCCCGGCGCCGGGCUCCUCGGCGCCCGCCAGCCCGCCCCGGCCCCGGGAGGAGACCUGCAGCGGGGAGCAGCAAGCGGCGGGGGCGGCGGGCUCGGGGACGCCCCGCGGCGCAUCCGGCCCCGGCACCUCCGCCCCGAGAGCCUCCCUCAGGAGCCUCGGCUUAGCCCUCAAGGCCUUCAGCCGCUCCGGAGGGAGACGCGGCGGGAAAGGGCGAGGAGGAGGAGAUGGAGGCAGCGGCGGGGAGACGCCCUGGGCGGCGGCGGCCGCAUCCCUCAGGGGCCCCGGCCCGCGCGAAGAGGCCGGCACCGCGGCGCAGAGCGCGGCCCUGGGCGGCAGCGGCGGCGGCGGCAGCCCGGCGCGGGAAAACGCCGGGGACGCCCGCGGGAAACUCGCAGAGGAGCCCGGCCCUGCCAGCUGCGGCGCCCUGCGGCCGGCCCGGCACGAAGCGCCGGGGCCGCGUGCCAUCCCGGCCCCCGGGAGCAGCCGGGAAGCGGCGGAACCGCCCCGCGGAGCCACCGGCCCCGACCGCCGCGAUGCUCCGGCGGAGGCUGCCGAGGAGCCGGAGGCCGAGGCUCGAAAGGGAACCUGCCCCUGGGAGGCGAGCGAGGCCCUGCCGAAGACAGAGGGCAAAGAGAAGGAGAAGGAGCCUGCCGACAAGCGCACCACGCGCCCGGCGGCGUUCGCCAGCCCGGGGAAAGCCCUGGAGAGGGGCAGCGGCGAGCGAGCGGCCGUGUGCCCCUGGGAGAGCCCGGGCUCGGCGCAGCCGGCGGCAGCCCCCCGCGCCGGGAGCCCGGCUCUGCCCGGGCCGCCCUCGAGGGCCUCCCAGAGCCCGGGGACCCUAAAGGCCGAGGUCUGUCCGUGGGAGACGCGGGAGAGCGAGGACGGCAAAGCGGAAAUCUGCCCCUGGGAAGUGGCCGCGCCUCCCUCGGAUCACGGGAGAGCCAAGCAGGUUCCCGGGCGGGCGUCGAAGGGGGACAAGCGCAUCACGCGGCAGGCGGCGUUCGCCAGCCCGGCGAAGUCCCUGGAGGGGGGCAGCGGCGAGCGAGCGGCCGUCUGCCCCGGGGAGAGCCCGGGCUCGGCGCAGCCGGCGGCGGGGAGCCUGAAGGCCGAGGUCUGUCCGUGGGAGGCGCAGGAGGGCGAAGGCGGCAGUAAAGCAGAAAUCUGCCCCUGGGAACUGGCUGCGCCUCCGCCGGCUAGAGAGAAAUUAAGGCGGGCGGAAGGUGGUCUGCCCGCAGGGAGCAAAAGCACGAGCCCAAAUCAGAGCGUCUUCAAAGAGAGCACGUCCGAGAAGGAGAAAGGAAGCAGAGCGCGCGGGUCCGUCUGCCCCUGGGAGAGCGCGGGCACAGAGGACGCCUCCGCCGUGGAAGGCUGGAAAGCUGCUUCCAGGAAAUCGGAAAGCGCAGGGAGCCUGAAGGCUGAGGUCUGUCCGUGGGAGAGCCCGGACACGGAGGAGCCGGCCGCCCAGCCCUCGAGGAAACCCGGGAGCCAGCGGGCAGACGUCUGCCCGUGGGAAACCGCGGGUGCCGCUGCCGGCGUUAGAAGCGACGUCUGCCCCUGGGAAGGGACGGGCGUCCCGCUGGACGAGCCAGGCCGAGAGGUUCCCCAGCGAGCAAGGGCAGCAGGCGCCUUUGCACGGCUGGAGUUUGGGAGCAGCCAGCGGGAGUCCGUCUGCCCUUGGGAGAGCAUGGGUGCGGAGGAGCCCUCCCUAAAAAAUGGGACGGGGAAAGGCCCAUCCAAGGGGUCCAAGAGCACGGAGAGCAGGAAGUCUGACAUUUGCCCCUGGGAAGAAGCAACAGAGCCCAAAGCCGUGGAGAAAGCCAGCGUCAAAGCAGACGCGCGCCCACGGGGAGCAGCGCCAGCGUCCCCCGCCGAAGCCGGAAAGCCGGUGCCAGGAGCUGGUGCCACGUCUCCGACGGCCCCGCUGAAAAAAUCCAAGGGCAAAGCUGCAAGUGAGGCUGAGCACAAGCCGCUGUGCCGCAUCCUGCCGGGCGUCCAGCCCCCGCGGGGCCCGGGCCGAGGCAGCAGCCCCAGGGCCGCCUCGCUGCCAGCGAGCGGCAGCCGCAGCGCUGGCACAGCCGCGGUUUGUCCCUGGGAAGCGGAGGCGGCUCCCCCAGGCCCUGACAAGCCCAGCCCGGGAAGCAGCAAACCCUCCGCAGCGUGUCCGCGGGAGGCGGAGAGCGCAGACCCCAUCCCGGCCCGCCGCGGGCAGGGCAGAGCCGGGGAGAGCCCCGGGCACGGAGGCGGCGGCGCAGCCCAGACCGACCCAGACGUCUGCCCCUGGGACCACGAGUAG